GAUAGCGUUUACUUUAUUUCGUCUUAUUAUUUUUGUUGUCAUUUGACUGAUGAACUCAUGUUACAUGAUUUGUUGCUUUGUAAACCAAUCCAAAGUCGAAUACAUUAAACAAAUGAAUAGCGCUUUCCGGAAAAAAUUAUGCUCUCGGGAAUUAGUUUUAAAGGUACGUUUAAGAGAAAGUAAACUGAUUGUAUAUUCUGGCUUAGUUUGUAUACUUAAGUUUUAACAAAUAUAAAGUAAUUAACAUACAUCAGAAAUUAAGGUUUUAAUUGUUUAUUAUAAACUGAAGGUUAUUUUUAAUUUAAGUUAACCAACCAAUACAAUGUGAUUAAAUAAGAAUGUUAUUGUAUGUUCCACACAUGGACACUCACAAAUAUUUAUAUUAUACACGUUGACGUGAUAUAGUGUUACAAAACAUCAUACUGUGGGAAUUUUAAGACAUGUACGAGUUAUAAUGUCUUUUACUGGCUAUUAUGAGUUGGGCGCGGACUUUUUAAUUUAAACGCAUGUUUUAUCUCAAAUCCAUUUUUAAUCGUUCACUGUACGGCUUUCUAUAGUGACAUUCACUCGUCGUCUUUUUAAAGCCCAAAUGCGUCACAGUGCCGUUAGAAUAAUAAUUGCAAGCUAUAUAAGCUUGUGCUGUUUAAAAUGAGUUUUGAACAAUAAAGGUUACAAAAUGUAUAUAAUAAUCAAAAUUGAGUAACAAAUGUGUUUUUGUAAAUUUUAUAUAGGCUUGGUACUAAGUACAAUAUUUGUGUUAUAAUAAUAUCGAGGCUACACAAAGACGUAUAGGUCAUUGAAUGUAUGUUAAAAUUCAUGACCGCAUUUAAGAAUGUUAUUUUACACGUGUCAGGCAUCCAAAUUUUUCUAGAUUGGAAAUACGACAAGAAAGACAGCAGAUAAAUUCGAGCACGAAGAUGUAUGGUUUCUUCACAGCUCCAGUAAUCAUCUGCAUGUACAAUACGCUUUCGUACAUCGUCUUCCUGAGUCUGUUAUCGUACAUACUGAUAUUCAACUUCGGGCCUAGUGUUUCCUCUGUUGAUAUCGUUCUCUUUGUUUGGGGAUUCACACUUUUGAUGGAGGAGGUCAGACAGAUAUUGAGAAUUUUCUCUUCAAGCACGUGUUCAAAACUGAAGCACUAUAUCUCUGAUAUAUGGAACAGGAUUGAUUGUUUCUAAAUUGUGGUAUUCAUUAUUGGAAUGAUAGUUCGUUUUUUGCCGUUCGAUGAUGCUAUUAAGGUCGCUCGGGUGAUUCUUGCAGUGAAUUUCAUAUCAUUUUGCUUGCGUCUUCUACAAAUAUUUUCCGUUCACAAAAAGAUGGGACCAAAGAUUGUCAUGAUACAAAAAAUGUUGGAAGACUUGAUGUACUUCAUUAUGAUCCUGAUGGUAUUUGUUGUGUCGUACGCUAUUGCCUCACACUCAAUCCUUUAUCCAAACUCACCGUUGACCUGGCAGACAGUGAUCCAAGUCAUCAGAAUGUCCUAUUGGAACAUAUACGGGGAGUUAUUCCUCGAUGACAUUGAAGGCGACUCAGGGUGCACAUUUAAUGAGAUUUUAUGGGGUAAUGGUACCUACCUACGCUGCCCAAGUGAAUUAGGCAAGGUCGUAGUACCGAUCCUGAUGGGCGUAUACAUGCUGGUGGUUAGCGUCCUUCUUUUGAACCUUCUCGUUGCCAUGUUCAGCAAUACGUUUGCAAACGUGCAUACAGAAACAGAGAAAUACUGGUGUUUCCAUCGAUAUUCGUUGAUCAACGAGUACUUGACACGGCCUGUCCUUUGUCCUCCAUUCGUUGUUCUUUAUCCUUUGUUACUUCUUGUAAGAUAUAUAUGUUGCAAGCGUGGGAAUGAUCAAGACAGAAAAAACUAUUUCAAGCGAAAGUUAAAAAAUACGGAACAUGAAAGGGAAUUAAUUCAAUGGGAAAACGUGAUAGCAUAUGAAUACCAGCAGAAGCUAAGCGAAAACUUGGAUAUUAAAGUCGACAUUUCAAAUGAAAUAUUGAGUCGCAUAGAGUUGCAACAAGAGAAGAUGCAAUCCUCUCAUCUAGCGAUGCAAGAUCAGAUCAAAUGGAUUGUUGAUACGCUAAGGAAAAGCCAUACUGCACAGACAAGAGGAAAAGUUUCGGGAGCAAUUCAAAGGGAUCCAGAAGAAAUGUCGUGUUGAUGUGUUUUUAUAUUGUGCAAGCGCAUAAUCCAAAUAAGGACAUGCCACCAUCGUCAUCAAAGAGAUCAUAGUCACAUCAUUGUGGACUACAUAAAAUGCUGGGCAUACCGUUGAAUAACUUUGUGAAUAUAUUCAUGCAUAGUGUUUUUUUGCUUCAACAUAGAAUCUAUCUGAGUAGGCCUGUUGUUGUCAUUUCAAAUUAGUAUGUGUAUGUUUAUGUAGGUUUUGCAUUUACGGUUAUAUUAUUUUGACCGCAGUUGUAUUAAAGGGACAGUCAACCGCGAUUGACGAAAAAAGAAAAGUUCUUAUAUACCGUAUUUUUUUCAAUUAUUAG